AUGGAUUGUGAAGGUACAGAUUGCAGAAACUUUUUAAUGAGACAUCGGCAUUUCACACUCUUAAGCCAGGAUAGCCACAGAGCCCCGUGGAGCGAAGAGCGCAGCCCAGUUAGAGUCAUGGCUAAAACCAAGGUCAGGCUGUACACCUGCGUGUGUUUGACUGCCCUGCUGAUGUUUUUCCUGUCGGGAUUUAUGUUGGGCUGGUUUAUUAAACCUGUCAAAGAAGUAGGCACUCCAGUGCCUUUUUACCAAAAUGAAAGGUGGAAACUGGUAUCUGAAAUGAAGGCAGAAAACAUUAGACUGUUUCUCCGUUCUUUUACGAAGCUCCCUCAUCUGGCAGGAACAAAGCAAAAUUUUCUUCUUGCGAAGAAAAUCCAAAGUCAGUGGAAGAAAUUUGGACUGGACUCUGCUGAGUUGGUUUAUUAUGAUGUCCUCCUAUCUUACCCUAAUGACACAAAUCCCAACUAUAUCUCAGUUGUUGAUGAACAUGGAAUUGAGAUUUUCAAUACUUCAUUCUUUGAGAUACCCCCAGGUGGAUAUGAAAAUGUUUCAGAGAUUGUCCCACCAUAUAAUGCUUUCUCAGCCCAAGGCAUACCAGAGGGAGAUCUUAUUUAUGUGAACUAUGCACGCACUGAAGACUUUUUCAAGCUAAAACGGGACAUGAAAAUCAACUGCACUGGAAAGAUUGUUAUUGCUAGAUAUGGGAAAAUCUUCAGAGGAAAUAAAGUUAAGAACGCCAUGUUGGCCGGAGCCAUAGGGAUUAUCUUGUACUCAGAUCCAGCUGAUUACCUUGCUCCUGGGGUACAGCCCUAUCCCAAUGGAUGGAACCUUCCUGGAGAUGUCGCCCAGAGAGGGAAUGUAUUAAACCUGAAUGGAGCAGGUGAUCCUCUCACUCCAGGUUACCCAGCGAAAGAAUACACCUUCAGGUAUGCAGAGAAUGAAGGAGUGGGAAUCCCCCAAAUACCAGUACAUCCCAUUGGAUAUCAUGAUGCAGAGAUAUUAUUACGCAAUAUGGGAGGAAUUGCACCACCAGAUGACAGCUGGAAAGGAAAUCUUAAUGUGCUUUAUAAUAUUGGGCCUGGCUUUAUGGGGAACUAUUCCACCAGGAAAGUCAGAAUGCAUGUUCACAAUACCAAUGAACUAACAAGGAUUUACAAUGUAAUUGGAACCAUCAGAGGAUCCGUGGAACCAGACAGAUAUGUUAUUCUUGGAGGUCAUCGGGACUCUUGGGUAUUUGGUGCUAUUGACCCAACCACUGGGGCAGCUGUUCUACAAGAGGUUGUUCGGAGUUUUGGAAAAGUGAUGAGUGGAGGCUGGAGACCAAAAAGAACUAUUAUUUUUGCUAGCUGGGAUGCAGAAGAAUUUGGACUGUUGGGUUCCACAGAAUGGGCUGAGGAGAAUGCAAAAAUACUUCAAGAGAGAAGCGUUGCUUAUAUAAAUUCUGACUCAUCCAUAGAAGGCAAUUACACCCUUAGAGUGGACUGCACACCCCUUCUCUACAAAUUGGUUUAUAAUCUGACAAAAGAGAUUGCCAGUCCUGAUGAUGGUUUUGAAAGCAAAUCUCUUUAUGAAAGCUGGUUGAAAAAGGACCCUUCACCUGAAGAUAACAAUAUUCCUAGAAUAAAUAAACUAGGAUCUGGGAGUGAUUUUGAAGCUUAUUUUCAGAGGCUGGGAAUUGCUUCAGGUAGAGCCCGUUAUACUAAGAACAGGAAAACAGACAAGUUCAGUAGCUAUCCAGUUUACCACACUAUUUAUGAGACUUUUGAGCUGGUCGACCAGUUUUAUGACCCUACCUUUAAGAAACAACUUGCUGUAGCCCAGUUACGAGGAGGACUAGUAUAUGAACUUGCAGAUUCCAGAAUCAUUCCUUUCAAUAUUCAAGACUAUGCAAAAGCUUUAGAGAACUAUGCUACCAGUAUUUAUAAUUUAUCCAAGAAACAUGACCAACAAUUGAAAAACCAUAGAGUAUCAUUUGAUUCCUUAUUUUCUGCUGUGAGAAACUUCACAGAUGCUGCUGCAGAUUUUCAUAGAAGACUUGCACACAUUGACUUUAAUAACCCAAUUGCAGUGAGAAUUGUGAAUGAUCAGUUGAUGCUGUUGGAAAGAGCUUUCAUUGAUCCCCUUGGUUUACCUGGAAGGCAAUUCUAUAGGCACAUCAUCUUUGCUCCAAGUAGUCACAACAAAUAUGCAGGGGAAUCAUUUCCAGGAAUCUAUGAUGCCAUGUUUGAUAUUGAAAACAAAGCAGAUCAACACGAGGCCUGGGAAGAAGUUAAAAAACAGCUCUCCAUUGCAGCAUUUACAGUUCAAGCAGCAGCAGGGACUCUGAAGGAAGUACUGUAA